UCGGCUCCCUCUUCUCUCUCCCUCUCUCUCAUGGCCGCCACAGAGAGCGACAAGCCUUUUGUUUGUAAUUACCCCGGCUGUGGACAGCAAUUCACAAAUAACGACCAUCUUGCUAUUCACAAGACUAAGCACGAGCUUUCUCUCAAACUCAAUAAAGGAGAUAUACAGCUAAUUGAUCAAACUCCUACUCCGACUCGGUUUCUACGUAACUGUGAGGAGGCUGGUCUCUUUCAAGAGCUUGAAGCAAAUCCGUUUGAACACGAUUUCAAACAAGCAACUCAAAAUAACGAGAAAGAGAAGGCAAAGUUACAAAUUGAUGGAGUUCAAAAGGUCUUGCCACCUGCUAUUCCUGUAGCUCCUCCUCCUAGCCUAGCUAAUCCUCAAAAAGCUGUUCCCCUUGCCACAGUCCCAGCUCAUAUUGGUACUGCUACAGCACUCACUAAACAAAAGUUGCUGGCUUCAAUUCAAAAUAAGAAUGUCGUUGAGGCAAAUCAGAAAAAGAAUACUGAGGUAUUAGCUCAAGCUCUUAAAGCUGUCAUUGAGAGUAACAGUGAAAGUGGAUCCAGCUCUGAUGGUUUUGCUGUACCACAGGAUGCUCCCAGGAGAAGAGGUAGGAAGCCUGAUGAUGAAGACCCAGAGACAAAGCGUCAGAAAUUCUUAGAGCGGAACAGAGCAGCUGCCAGUCGCUGUAGGGCCCGUAAAAAGCACUGGGUGGAUACACUGGAUAAGAAAGCAAAGGAGCUGGAGAUGCUGAAUACCAGCUUACAGCAAGAGGUCAUCUUAUUGAGGGCUGAGGUCCAGCAGCUUAAGUCAAUCCUGUUGGCUCAUAAGGACUGUCCAUUGAUGGCAAAACCAGAUGAGCCACCAGUCCCAGCUCCUUCAAGUGGCCACACUGUAGGGGUUACCCUCCUGUCCUCUUUCUCCUCUCUCUCUCCUCUUGUCAGCAGCCCACUGGCUGGGAGUAACCUUCUCACGUCUCCUCUCUUCCUACCGAGCCUCACCAUAGCUCCGAACAGUAACGAUAUAUCAAAGAGCAUUGAGAUAUCAACAUCGGAACUGAAUCCGCAUCAAGUUGAAUGAGUUGGUGUCAGGACUGAUUCACGCAGUGCACAAAAGAGAUUGUUACAAUAUAUUAUUAAUACAUGAGCGAAUGAAUGAUGGGACAUUUUAACUGUUUUGCACACUACUUGUAUUAACAAUAGAUGAUAACAAUAGCAAUAGUAAUUAUUAUUACUAUUGUUGUUGUUGUUGUUAUUUUUAUUUAACAUCAUGGUAUUAGGUUUUCCUUAAA